AUGUCUCUUUUCCUCUACAAUAGUUGCACUGCACAUCGCUACACAUUCACGGUUAAGGAAGUUCCGUAUAAGAAACUGUGUAGCACGAAGAAGAUCUUGACCGUUAAUGGUAAAUUUCCUGGAGAAACUUUAAAGGUUUACAAAGGAGACACCAUUUACGUAAACGUUCGUAACCGAGCUAGUGAAAAUAUUACCAUGCAUUGGCAUGGUGUAGAGCAGCCAAGAAACCCAUGGUCAGAUGGACCAGAAUACAUCACACAAUGCCCGAUUCGACCUGGUUCGGAUUUUCUGUAUGAAGUCAUAUUUUCCAUCGAAGACACGACUGUUUGGUGGCAUGCUCAUAGCUCUUGGACUCGUGCCACUGUGCAUGGUCUUAUUUUUGUGUAUCCUCGGCUCCCUAAAUCCCUCCCUUUCCCAAAAUCGGACCACGAAGUCCCCUUAAUUCUUGGGGAGUGGUGGAAGAGGAAUGUGACAGAAGUAGUGGAACUAUUCAGGAGGACACGAGGUGACCCUAAUGUGUCCGAUGCUUUGACAAUUAAUGGACAUCCUGGUUUCUUGUAUCCUUGCUCUAAAUCAGAUACAUACGAGCUCACAGUAAAGAAAGGCAAAUCCUAUCGCAUUCGGAUGGUAAACGCGGCGAUGAACCUAAUCCUCUUCUUCGCAAUCGCAAAACACAGCCUCACCGUGGUUUCCGCCGAUGGCCACUACACCAAACCACUAAACGCUACUUACAUCACCAUAUCUCCAGGCCAAACGCUAGACUUGUUAUUACACGCCAACCAAAACCCAAAACGCACUUACUACAUGGCCGCCAGAGCUUACCAUAGCAACCCCGUCAUCAACUUCAACAACUCCACAACUAUAGGGAUCUUACGUUACACCUCUUCAACGUCAGCGUCUUCAAAACGUUACCCAAACCUUCCUUAUUACAAUGACACGUCAGCAGCUUUCGCAUUCUUCACCAACAUCACAAGCUUAUACUCCGGACAAGCUCCCGUUAAGAUCUCACGUAGAAUCAUCUCAACGGUCUCAAUAAAUCUUCUCACGUGUCCUAACGACUCUUGCGAAGGUCCAAACGGGUCGAGACUAGCGGCGAGUAUGAACAACAUAUCGUUCGUCACACCUAGUCACGUGGACAUACUAAAAGCAUACUAUUAUCACAUCAAGGGCGUUUACGGAACGCGGUUUCCAGCGUUUCCACCGCUUGUUUUCAACUUUACCGCGGAGGAUCAACCGUUGUUUUUGCAGACUCCUAGACUUGCUACAGAAGUGAAGGUGAUUAAGUACGGCGAACCUCUUGAGAUUGUACUUCAAGGGACGAGUUUAGUUGGUGGUGGAAUCGAUCAUCCCAUGCAUCUUCAUGGCUUUAGCUUCUAUGUUGUUGGUGUUGGGUUUGGUAACUUUAAUGUAACUCAAGAUCCGUUGAACUAUAAUCUCAAUGAUCCUCCGUACAGAAAUACAGUGACUGUGCCUAGAAAUGGUUGGGUGGCUAUCAGAUUCGUAGCUGACAAUCCUGGGGUUUGGUUCAUGCACUGUCACUUUGAUAGACAUCUCUCAUGGGGUAUGAAUGUUGUCUUCAUAGUCAAGAAUGGAAGAGGACUCAAUCAGCAGAUCCUGCCUCCACCUCCAGACUUACCGCCUUGUUACUAA